AUGAAAAGCGAGCUCGAGCGGGAUGAGACGCCAGUCGCUGGUCCAUCACGUCUGACACCAUCAAAAUCGUCUGUCGAAGAAUCACUCAUCGCAAAGGGAGGAAGUAUCGUUCCUGGGACAAGUGAUGGCAAGGACUGCGGCGAUGAAUGCUUCCUAUGGACAGAUCUAGUCAUGAACAAACCUGGCAGCUUCCGAUACGCCUUCUGCGGUCCAUCUCCUACUCAAUCUCCUUCGCACCUAUUCCCCUUUUACCGCACUGUCCCAUCACCGCCGCCGUGUCCCUUGGUCCACCUUUCCCUACUUGAUCGGUCGAGCUUCCUCCGCAUCUCUUCUAACGGCCUCACCAUCACUUCCGACAAAGGCUUUCGAUCUGCCAGGAGCAAUAUCAGCGUGAGACAGGGAUCAUGGUAUUUUGAGGUUUUGAUCCUCCGCGGACAUGGCACAGAGGGAGGAGGCGGGACUACGGGUGGUGAUAUCGGGAACGCUCACGUGCGAAUAGGCUGGGCGAGGAGAGAAGCGAGUACCGACGGUCCCGUGGGGAUGGACGGCUAUUCGUAUGGGAUCAGAGAUGUAGGCGGAGAGAAAGUGCACAUUUCAAGACCGAAGCCGUACGGACAGAGUUUCAAGUCUGGAGAUGUCGUGGGAUGCCUGAUCACUCUACCAUCAAGAACGGAAGACUUGUCGAAACUCAAACGAUCCCGCUUGCCUCUACGGUAUAAAGGUCAACGGUACUUUGAAAUGGAGGAAUACUCCGCUCAGAAGGAGAUGGAGGCGCUGGUCGAUCGCGAAGGCAAGGUCGCAUUGGCUGCCAAGGCAGCUGCAGAGGCUGCUAGAGAAGCUGCAGAGGAGGACAAGAUCAAAGUCAAGAAAGGAGCGACUGCUAAAGCCGUAAAGAGAGGCAAGAAGGACAUUAUUCAACCUGCUGGACCGGUCGCCAGGGAUUUACCUGUCUUGGCAGAUUCUAAGAUUGAAUUCUUCCUCAACGGCCAGAGCUUAGGAACGGCCUUUGAAGACCUGUACGACUUCUCGCCUCUUCCUCCCAUCGCCCAUCCCACCACACCGUCGUCGAAGAAGGCUCAGGAUGCGGCGAAGGAUACCCAAUACGAUGACGGGACAAUGGGGUAUUUCGCCAUGGUCUCAUGCUUCGGCCGAGGCAAGAUACAAGCCAAUUUUGGACCGACAUGGCAAUACCCUCCUCCUGGUCUGGACGCAAGACCGAUGUGUGAUCGAUGGGCCGAGUUCAGAGAAGAGGAGAGGAUUCUGGACGAGAGGGACGAGGAGGAGACUUCGGAGCGGCUGUUAAAGGAGAUUGCGGCGGAGGAGGCUAGAAAAAAGGCAGCAGCGGAGCGCGCUGCCUCCAUGUUGAAGAAUGGAGUCAAGAAGGAAAUGCCGCUGAGGAAGAAGAGAAAGGGAACGGAUACCCCUGGCGAUACGCCAGGAGCUACCCCUACUCCAGUCGCGGAAUCGGGUUCUGGGCGAGGGACGCCAAUACCUUCCGAGGUGAAAACGGAAGAUGCGUUACCUGAUUUCAGGGAUAUCAAGAUGGAGGAAGCGGACAGCAUUCAGCUGCAUCCAGCUUCGGAUGACAUUAUGGUUGUAGAGUCCCAACAGUCGGAUCGCGUCGACUCAGAAGCUACAUAA